CUGAGGAGCAGGAGCAGAGCGAAGCAGGACCAGGUGAAGACAGUUGAUUUCUCCUCUUGAGCAGGCGAGCUUCUUCCUCACAAACGAUGCUGGAGAGAGCCUGAAGAGGAAGGGAGGGUGACUGCAGCUUGUUUGUGAGUGUGCUUCUGUCCUGCUUCCAGGUGGAAAAGCCACAUCCAGCUGAUCUCUGAGUGGUGCCUGAGGUUCACCUCCACCAGACACCCCCAGCCCCUGUCCCCAGCGGCCAAGCCCUUUUACUGCAAGCAUGGACAUCGUGGAGAGGGUCCUCUCUGUGGCCCAGGCCAUCCAUGCCCAGUUCGAGCAGGUGAAGUGCUGCAAGCACCAGUGCCAGCGCCUUGUGGAGCGCAUCCAGAUCCUGCUGGAGCCUGUCAGGAUCCUCAAGGCUCAGCCGCCAAAGCACAUCUCCCACCACGAGGAGAAACUGCUGAGGAAGCUGCUCUGGGUGCUGGGGGAAGCUCAGAAACUGGUGAUGAAAUACAGCCAGACCAGCUGGAUCCAGAAGUUUCUGAAAGCCCACAGCGCCAGCGAGGAGUUUGUGUGGGUGAACGAGAGCCUGGGGGACAUUGCCCAGGGGCUGUCUCUCCUGCUGCAGGCAGAGCAGAAGAAGGUUUUCCUGGAAGCUUUCCAGGCAAAGACGUGCCGCAGGCAGGAUGCCGAGGACCUGAGGGAUGACAGGGCUUUCCUGGACCAGGUGAUAGCAAGUACUGAGGAGCCCAAAGAGACACCUGGGGAGAUCUACAUUGACAGACAAUGUAUGGAGAGCAAGGUAGACUGGAUGCAAAGCGAGCUGAACAAAAUCGUGCGCGUGAUGGACUGCUUGAAGAAGGUCAAUGUUGGUAAAAGAGAAGAUAUCACUGAGAUCAAGAGGGACCACCUCAUCUUCCACAGGCACCUGCAGGACACGGAGAGAUACGACCUCUAUGAGGGCGAGUACCUCAAGUACCCCGUCGCCAUCAAAACCUUCAAGAGGCCACUGACCACCGACUCGGCGAAGGUGAGAGACAUCUUUGAGAAGGAGAUUCAGACCCUGAAGAAGUUUGAGUCCCCAAACAUCCUGCGCAUGUACGGGAUCUGCAUCGAGGAGAAAGAUGGGAGCCCCUGCUUCUCCAUUGUCAUGGAGUACUGCAAGCACGGCACGCUGCGGGAGGUGCUGACCCAGCACCGGAACCUCUCCUGGGAGAUCCGCAUUCGGAUGGCCCUAGGAGCUGCCAGAGGCCUUUACAGGUUGCACCAAACAGAGGAGAAGUCCCGGCUCCAUGGGUGCAUUUGCAGCAGCAAGUUCCUGGUGGCUGGGGAUUACUGUGUGAAGCUGUCAGGAUUUGAGUUGUGUGAAACGGAGUCAUCCAUCAAGAGGAAAGCCAAGAACAACUGGAAACAAGUCUCUAUGUUGGCUUACAUUGCCCCUGAGAACCUGCAAGACAUCAAUCACCCCUACAAGAGGCCCUGUGAAAUAUACAGCUUUGGGAUUGUGCUGUGGGAGAUUGCAACCUCCAAGAUCCCGUAUGAAGGUUGCACUUCCCAGGAGAUGGUGGAGAGAAUCUGCAACCCGAGUUACCGGGACCCUGUUGGGGAAGAUUGUCCUGAAGAGCUGCGGAACAUCAUUGAGCAGUGCAGAGCCUUUGACCCUUCCCAACGCCCUUCUGCCGAGGAGAUUGUGGACUUACUGGCUGACCUGGAGAAAUGUAGAAACCAAGGAAGUGAACUGUGAAAAGCAGACUUGGGUGACUAAAGGCAGCUGUGAGCCUUGGUAAAAGAACCCAGGGACUGCAGCAGAACUUCCUGCCAUGGGCCAGUGUCCUGCUCAUCCCUCCCUGCAGCACAGAGA